UGCCUGCGGAGCGGUUGCGGGCUGAGCGAAUCCAGAGCUAGCCUCGCCGGGGACCGGACCGUGCGGCUCCGGGGGCCGCCGGGUGGCUCGGGCCAGCCUGAGGCGUCGGCGUCCGCCUCUCGCGGUGUCCUCGGGUCCGUCGACAUGAAUCCCGUCGUCGUCGUCCACGGUGGCGGAGCCAGCAACAUCGCCAAGGACCGAAAGGAGUGCGUGCGCCUGGGCAUCGUCAAAGCCGCCACCGCGGGUUACAAAAUCCUCAAGCAGGGCGGGAGCGCGGUGGAUGCUGUGGAAGAAGCUGUGACCACCCUGGAAAAUGAUCCUGAGUUCAAUGCAGGGUGUGGAUCUGUCUUGAAUACGAAUGGUGACGUUGAAAUGGAUGCUAGUAUCAUGGAUGGAAAAGACCUGUCUGCCGGAGCAGUGUCCGCAGUCCGGUGUAUAGCAAAUCCCAUUAAACUUGCUCGGCUUGUCAUGGAAAAGACACCUCAUUGCUUUCUGACUGACCAAGGUGCAGCAAAAUUUGCAGCAGCUAUGGGGAUUCCAGAGAUUCCUGGAGAACAACUGAUAACAGAGAAAAAUAAGAAGCGCCUGGAAAAAGAGAAGCUUGAGAAAGGUGCUCAGAAAUCAGACUGUCAAAAAAACUUGGGAACCGUGGGUGCUGUUGCCUUGGACUGCAAAGGAAACUUAGCUUAUGCAACCUCUACAGGGGGUAUCGUGAAUAAAAUGGUUGGCCGAGUUGGAGACACACCGUGUAUAGGAUCUGGAGGUUACGCUGACAAUGACAUUGGAGCCAUUUCAACCACAGGGCAUGGGGAAAGCAUCCUGAAGGUGAAUCUGGCCAGACUCACCCUCUUCCACCUAGAACAAGGGAAGAGCUUAGAAGAGGCUGCCGACCUGUCGUUGGGUUUUAUGAAGUCGAGGCUCAGAGGUUUAGGUGGCCUCAUCUUGAUCAGCAAAACAGGAGACUGGGUGGUGAAGUGGACCUCUGCCUCCAUGCCCUGGGCCGCCGCGAAGGACGGCAAGCUGCACUCGGGAAUCGACGUUGACGAAACCACUACCACGGACCUGCCCUGAGCCCUGGAAGAUUGUAUUCUAGACGCUAGCUUGGAGGUAAAGUACAGUGUCCUGGUGUGGAGCCGUAGCUUAAUCAAUUAGAUCUAGAAAUGGAAAAACUGUGCAGUCUGUCACUCAUUUUGUUGCCUUGAUCAAUAAUUAUCUGAGUAUUUGGUUGAGGAGCGCGUUCUGAAGUGAUGAGAGAAAAAUGUCUGUGUUGAGAUCAAAAUAAGACUAGUGAAGAUGACAGACCCUAGUGAGUCUUUCUCGUGCAUGAUCAGGACACAGCAGAACUGCCUUGGGGCAGGCGGUGCCUUCUGGAACUGAGAAAGCAGAGAGGUGAGGAGGGAAGGGCCCAGCGGUGUUUGCAAGUGAGGCAAGAGCAGCAGACUAACAGGCGACGUCAGGGGAACCUCAGAAUGCUGCAGUUCUGAGUCACAAGAACAUCGAGUUAGCUCGAAGCGAGAAAAUCCUUUAAGGGAAAUGUUCUUCAUCCAUGAGAGAGUAAACUGAUUUUUCCAAGAAAGUUCAGAGCUUCUCUGACUUACUAAUAUAGACAUGUUUCCAGAUACUUCCAAAGGACCCUCCGCUAACCCAUAGCUCCCUAACCAUCAUAAUGGAGACGCUCUAGUGUUCCUUGAAGUGUGUGGGUUUUCUUGGGUUCACAGACGAGUCCCUCACCUAGUGUUCUCCCACAAGCCAGCCUCACUGGCGGCUGCCCUCUGGCGUAGAGGGUCAUAUAGUGAGUAACGGACUCGCGACCUCUGCGACCUCUCCAGCGGCAGGGAGGAGCCGGCUGAUGUGGGGAGGAUGCCGUGACAUCAUGAGCUCCCAUACUGUCCCGUGCUUUGGGACGCCCCCUCCUGCCCACUGAGCUGGGUGUGGUGCAGUGUGGUCGGCAUGGCGAGGAGAGGAAUUUCCCUGGUGGAGAGUAUUCCUAUCGCUCUCUCUUUACACUGGAAAUGUUUCUGCUGUGACAUAUCUGCUCAAUUUUUAGUCUGUCAGGGCUCCCCUUCUCUCUGGAAAGCAAUUGCUUAACUUUAAAUUCCAUGUGUCACUAAUAAAAUAUAUUUUGAAAGAAUAA